UGCCCGGCCGAGCCGGCGCGCCCGGGCCCCGGUGCUCAUGGCCAACGCCGAGGCGGGCCGGGCCGCCCUGGGCCUGGAGGACGACACGCUGCCUUCGGACACCGCGUCCCUCAGCGACUCCGACUCCGACCUCAGCCUGCCGGGAGACGCGGAGGCGGCGGGGCUGUCCCCGCGGGGACCUCCCGGGGAGGCCGAGGAAGACUCGGGCACCGAGGAGCCCGCGGAGCCCCCGUCGCCCCCCGGCCCCGUGCAGCCCUUCCACCUGCGGGGGAUGAGCGCCACCUUCUCCCGGCGCAGCCACAGCAUCUUUGACCGCCUGGAGGGGGCCGCCCGCAGCCUGCCUCCCCCGGCCCCCCACACCGGCGCGGACGACAGUGUUAGCUUCGAGCAGCCUCCCGCGAGGGGUCUGAGCGGGGCCCUUGGGGGCUCCGGCACCCCGGGGGUGCCCCCUGUCCCGGACUACGUGGCGCACCCCGAGCGCUGGACCAAGUACAGCCUGGAAGAUGUGGCCGAGACAAGCGAGCUGGGCAAUCGGACUGCUGCCCUGGCCUUCCUGGGUGCUCGCGCCCGGGCAGCCCCCGCAGACUACCCGCCCUCCUUCAACCAGGACCCCUCCAGCAGUGGGGAGGGCAGGGUGGUCUUCACCAAGCCCGCUCGAGCCGAGAGGAAGAGGGUCCUGAGGAAGGAGGGUGCGCUGGGUGCAGGCCGCGAGGGUCCCGUGGAGCUGGCCCACCUGGCAGGGCCUGGGCCGGAGGCUGAAGAGUGGAGCGGCUCCCAGGGGCCGCCAGAGGUAGGGGUGGCAUCGGGGGGUGUCCACGCGGGGUCCUCGCCGGGCCCUCCCGGGGUAGAGGCUGUUGGCUUCCAUGGCAGCAGGAAGCGGAGCAGAGAGCACUUCCGGAACAGAGGCGGAAGCCUGGAGGACCCAGGGGCUGGGGUGUGAGCCCGGGCGGCCAGCCUGGCCACGCUGCCGUCGCCUGUCCUACCUCUCUGCCUCCCCUGGGGUGCUGCUGCAGGUGGGGAGAGCACCUUCUCAGGAAGGAGCUGGUGAGCUGCCGGUGGGGGGCACCAGCAGUCCUGGUGAGGGCUCCGGGCCUGUGGGGGGGUGUGCCUGGAGUCGCUGGAGCCCUGCUCCUCCCUGGUGCCCCAGUCUGGGAGCAAUAAAGGCGUUGGGUCUUCCUCAGGUUCUGUGUAUGGGUCUGUUCUCCCUGAGGGCUCUGUCUGCAGCAGUCUUCCACAGCCAGGGACCCUGCCCUAUCCAGGCUCUCUCAAGACC